AUGGCUGCUGCUCAACAGACCGACCCGGAGCUGGAUCAGCUUCGUAACUCUAGCUCCUUACGCAUACGACCAGUUCCACUGCCUACUUCGGAUGGAACCAUACUUUGCGACGUUUCGCAAAAUUCACCACGACCAGUGGUUCCUCAAGCUUUCCGACGCACUGUGUUUGACAUUCUUCACAGUUUAUCGCAUCCAGGCAUUCGUGCCACAGUUAAGCUCGUCACACAACGCUUCGUGUGGCGCAACGUCAACCGGGACGUUAGACAGUGGGCUCGUACGUGCCUUAGUUGCCAACAGUCUAAGGUUCAUCGACACACGAAAAGUCCGCUUGGUUCAUUUCCACUUCCUGACGCCCGUUUUCACCAUCUUCAUGUUGACCUUGUUGGGCCACUGCCUCCAUCUAAAGGAUGCGUUUACUUGCUGACUUGUAUAGACCGCUUUACAAGAUGGCCUGAUGCCAUCCCAAUGCCAGAUUGCUCAUCAGACACUGUCGCUCGCGCUUUUCUAGAGCGAUGGGUCUCAUACUUUGGUUGUCCUGCCGUUGUGACAACUGAUCGAGGUUCGCACUUCGCAGGCACAUUUGCUCACCUUCUUCAGACUCUCGGCUGCCGUCACGUCCAAACGACUGCAUUCCACCCUGCCGCCAACGGCAUGGUUGAGCGUUUUCAUCGCCAGCUGAAAGCUGCACUAUGUGCACAUGAUAACGCAGACUGGUACGAAGCGCUUCCCACCGUUUUACUUGGCUUACGGAAUACUGUCAAAACCGACAUUAACGCUGCUCCGGCCGAACUCGUUUAUGGCUGCACAUUGCGUCUCCCUGGACAAUUAGUCGCCCCAACCCCGGAGAGGGCAUGGAACUACAAGAGCUACAUAGCUCGUCUGACGCACCACAUGCGUCAGCUGCACCCCGCGAGACCCAGGGAACAACGCACUCCAGUGCACGUUCCGAAAGACCUUUCUACAUGUUCUCACGUAUUCUUACGUGUCGACCAAGUGAGACAGCCUCUCUCCGCACCUUACACAGGUCCAUACCGUGUUAUUAAACGGUCUUCAAAAACUUUGGUUAUUGACCGUGGGGGUAAAAGGGAUACUGUCUCGAUAGAUCGCGUCAAGCCUGCGUUCAUCGAUGAACAACAGUUUGUUCCAUCAUCGACUUUAACGCAAUCUACAGAGCCACCCGUAUCGACGCCCACCUUUUCAGCUCCACCACAAGCCCAGUCAUCAGAUUCGUCGCAAACUAAUACCAGUCAUGGUAGAAAGGUUCGUAAAGCUGUUUGUUUCUCCGAUUUU